AUGUCAUCCAUCAAAGUUGCUGUCGUCGGUUCUACUAGAGAAACCGGAGCCUCAAUCGUGGAUGGUCUCCUUGAAUCGCCGAUAACCAAAUUUUUUCGUCAAUUCCCCGAAGUUACUGCUCUGGCUCGCCCCGAGUCCCUCGAGAAGCAGGCUUACAUGGAGCUAAAGGACCGUGGAGUCAACGUGGUCGCCGUUGACUUGAAGGGCCCUCAGGAUGAACUCGUUCGUAUUCUUUUUGGCAUCAAUGUGGUAAUUUCCGCUAUAUACUUUGCUAGUCUCGCCGACGAGAUCCCUCUUGCCGAUGCUGCAAAACGCGCGGGCGUCAGGCGGUUUAUUCAGUCUGCCUUUAUGGCCGUGAUUCCUCCAAGGGGAGUUGUGGAUUUUCGUGAGAAGAAGGAAGAAAAUCUCAACUACAUUCAGAAGAUUCGCCUCCCUUACACGUAUAUUGAUGCUGGCUGGUGGUACCAACUCACCUUGCCUCGACUUCCAUAUGGUCGCCCAGAUUUUGCCCUGCCCGUAUACAAUUCCGAGCCACGGCUUGGCGUCGAUGGAAAUGUUCCAAGUGCACUUGCCGACAUCAGGGACAUCGGCGGAUACGUUGCCAGGAUCAUCUCAGAUCCGCGCACACUGAAUAAGAAGGUUCAUGUCUACAACGAAGUCUACACCGGGAAUCAGGUUUAUGACCUCGUAGAGAAGCUCAGUGGCGAGAAUCUGGAGCGUAAAUACAUCACGGAAGGAGAGAUCAAGUCGCGUGUUGAAGAAGCUUGA